ACGGCGGCUCCGAGGAGGGGGAAGGGCGAGAAGGGCCGGCCGGUGCCGUCAGUCAGGCAAGGGGAGCCGCCGGGAGCGGAUGGCGGCGGCGGUAGCGGGCCCACUCGCCGCCGGGGGUGAGGAAGCUGCAGCUUCAGUCUCCGUGCCAGGGUCUCCUGGUCUGCCCGGGAGCCGUAGCGCAGAACGAGCCCUAGAGGAGGCUGUGGCCACCGGGACCCUGAACUUGUCCAACCGGCGUUUGAAGCACUUCCCCCGGGGCGCGGCCCGCAGUUACGACCUGUCAGAUAUCACCCAGGCUGACUUGUCUCGGAACCGGUUCCCCGAGGUGCCUGAGGCAGCUUGCCAGCUGGUGUCCCUGGAAGGCCUGAGCCUCUACCACAAUUGCCUGAGAUGUCUGAACCCAGCCUUGGGGAAUCUCACAGCCCUCACCUACCUCAAUCUCAGCCGGAACCAGCUGUCAUCAUUGCCACCCUACAUCUGCCAGCUGCCCCUUCGAGUGCUUAUCAUCAGCAACAACAAGUUAGGAGCCCUGCCUCCGGACAUCAGCACCUUAGGAAGCCUGCGGCAGCUUGAUGUGAGCAGCAAUGAGCUGCAGUCCCUCCCCGUGGAGCUGUGUAGCCUCCGUUCCCUGCGGGAUCUCAAUGUUCGAAGGAACCAGCUCAGUACCCUGCCUGAUGAGCUGGGGGACCUUCCUCUGGUCCGCCUGGAUUUCUCCUGUAACCGUGUUUCCCGAAUCCCAGUCUCCUUCUGCCGCCUCAGGCACCUGCAGGUCAUUCUGCUGGAUAGCAACCCCCUUCAGAGUCCCCCUGCCCAGAUAUGCCUAAAGGGGAAGCUUCACAUCUUCAAGUAUUUAACAAUGGAAGCUGGCCGUCGGGGAGCUGCCCUCGGGGACCUGGUCCCUUCCCGCCCCCCAAGUUUUAGUCCCUGCCCUGCUGAAGAUUUAUUUCCGGGACGUCGUUAUGAUGGUGGCCUGGACUCAGGCUUCCAUAGUGUUGACAGUGGCAGCAAGAGGUGGUCAGGAAAUGAGUCCACAGAUGAUUUUUCAGAGCUGUCUUUCCGGAUCUCAGAGCUGGCUCGGGAGCCCCGGGGGCCGAGACAACCUAGGGAAGAUGGCUCUGGUGAUGGAGACCUGGAGCAGAUUGACUUCAUUGACAGUCACGUUCCUGGGGACGACGAGCGGAGUGCAGCUGAGGAGCCGCUGCCUUCUGAGUUAAGCCUUGCAGCUGGGGAUAUGGAGAGGCCAUCUAGCAGCAGGCGGGAGGAGCCUACAGGGGAGGAGAGGCGGCGCCCAGACACUUUGCACUUGUGGCAAGAGCGGGAGCGGCGGCUACAGCAACAGAGUGGGGCGUGGGGGCCCUCCAAGAAAGACAGCAUCCCAAAGCGGGGGAUCAGGGCUACUGGAGCAGGUGCCUCGGCCCCAUCCACACAGACCGCCUGCAAUGGCCCACCAAAGUCCAGUGCUGCCCAACUGGGAGUUUCAGGGGAGCAGGGAGCUCCCACACUACCCCCCACCUCCCAGGACCCCCUUCCUGUAUCUGGACCAGUGACAGCUCCUGUUCCCAGGCCACUGGGCUCCAUUCAGAGACCAAACAGCUUCCUCUUCCGCUCCUCUUCUCAGAGUGGCUCAAGCCCUUCCUCUCCAGAGUCUGUUUUGAGACCUCGGCCGUUUCCUCAGAUUCUAGAGGAGAAGGAGCUAAUAUCCCAACUCCGCCAGAUCCUAGAGUCACGGCUGCAGCAACCCCUACCUGAGGACCUGGCAGAGGCUCUCGCCAACGGGGUCAUCCUCUGCCAGCUGGCGAACCAGCUGCGGCCCCGCUCUGUGCCCUUCAUUCAUGUGCCCUCACCUGCUGUGGUCAGUGGCAGCCCAAACGGACGAAGAGGUGAAGGGACGGGACUCUGGCUUUGCCUUUCCAAAUUCCUUUCCCUUCUCUUCCGUCUUCAGCCAAAGCUCAGUGCCCUCAAGUCUCGGAAGAAUGUAGAGAGUUUCUUAGAGGCCUGUCGGAAAAUGGGUGUGCCCGAGGCUGACCUGUGCUCGCCCUCGGAUCUCCUCCGGGGCACCGCCCAGGGGCUGCAGACCAUCCUGGAGGCUGUGAUCCUGGCUGGGGGCAAGGCCCCUGUCCCAGUCCAGCCCCCCUCUGGUCUGGGUGGCUUCCUCCUCUUCUACGUGGUCUCCAUGCUGCUGCUCUAUGUCGUCUACACUCGGCUCCUGGGCUCCUAGGACCCACGUUACCCCUUCCCUCCCCACCUUCUAUUUAUAAGACCUCCUGUUCGCCUGUCCCCACCGGUGGUGCCUUCAGCCCUACCAAAGACACUAGUGUACCCUCACAAACACUGACCUCAGAAGCCCACUCUAGUGCCCACAGUAGCCCUUACCGUUAGUGCUGACGGUACCUUCGGGUCCUCCCCACCAGCCCUCUGCCCCCACCCCCACCUCCAUCCUGUCCCCCAGGGAUGACAGGAACUCGGCUUUUCCCUAUCUGUCCUCCCUCCCCCUACUGGCUGCUAUGGGGAGCUAAAUUAUCUCUGUUUUGUAGAGAGAACUCUAUUUGUAGGGGAUGUGAGCCCAGUAUGGGCUCCCAGCUCUGUGUAUAAACUGUAUAGACUGUCACCUCUGUGUGUGCUUGUGUGAGCUCCUGCUUCGGCCAGGCCCUGUCCUGCCUGGGCUACCUGCCUGUGCAAGCAUUUCCUUUGGAAAUGACAGGCCUCCUGCCCAGGCCCCCUGUGUUAUCUGCUGCCAGCUUCCAUGUGUCAUGUGUCCCCAGGCAUGGGUCAGUGUCCACCAGGAGCCCCCACCCUCUUAACCUUGUGGGGUAAUUCGACGGGAAAACUUAACCUGGGCCCCUCCCCCCAGGAGUCCCUGUGCCAGCCCCACCACAUCCUGGAAGAGGAAGGGGCCCCUGGAAGGGGCCUCCCUCACAUCGCUGCUGUCCUUCACGCACUUCUGGAACAGCCUUAGGGGUAGAGGUUGGGGCUCUGGGCCCCAACUACCACCGGACCUUACCUGGGAGCAGAUGACACCUGGGCCCUGCCAAUUAACAAGGACUUGGUGACCAUGGUCUUGUGUGUAGUAUUGGUCUUGGGUAUUCCCCCUGCCCUUAGGCUGCUUCGAGUGCAGCCCCUAUCUGGGUGAAGAGUGUUGUGUCAAACACAAUAAAGAGAAGCCCAAAGGCCUGUAGGUUGGCCCUCA